UUUGGUAUUCACCUUAGCUAUGACUCACUUACGCCCGCUCUGUGAUGCAUCUCAUCGCCUUCUGCUAUAUCUAGCUGUUCUGCCCGCUGGUUUGUCUCGUACCUUGCCUGGUGACCGUGUCUAAUGGCAUCGUUGUCUUUGUGACUGCUCGUUAUUCUUGAUGUUUGGCUUUGCUGGUUCGUCGUAUCGUAUUUAUAAGGCUAUUAUGCUUUUCACUUAGCUAGGUGAUUCAUUUAAUUCUGGCAGAUAUCUGGUAGCUGAACUCACCUACAAUCCACUUUUGACCCCUUUGAUAUAUGUCUAUAACGUGCCAACGUAUACACCGUAGAGAAAAAUACACGCUCGGUGUCACCACCGAAUCUGACCUCCUUUACCGGAACUCUAAAUAGUAAUGGGAAAUAUCACAAAAAUCAACCCGACAUAAAGUGAUGUGCUGUCGCUUACGGCUAACAUAACAGGAACUCAGUUGAUGCAGACUGCUACGCAAGCGAAACUAUAAUGGUGAAAGCUACUGCUAUUACAGAAUAUAGUUAAGUGCGAUAAUUGUGGCCGCAACCCCACAGAGUCCAUAAAGUAAGGCGCAUCUCCCAAAGCCCCAUCGGUGUUGACGAAGAACUUAGCUAUAACGAAACAACCAACGACAUGGGCGACGAGUAUGAAAGCUGGGUUCGUGUGAUCUUAUGUAAUUUUGGCAAAGCAGCAGUUUCUUGAAGAUGUAUGAAGAACUCGCGUAUCAUAUAAACUGUACCUUUGAUAUUUAAUUUAAUUUUAAUGAAACACUGUAGAGAUAAAUAAUUUAUCUUGUGAAAACUAAUUGCACCAAAAAUGUAGGAUUAACGAAAAACGGAUUUUAGGCGUUUUCCCUCUGAUUGAUCGUGGUAUGCUCGCGACUAUCAUUAUUUUAACUCAUGAUAUUUGGACAAACGCAAUGGCGUUUCCGCCUAAUUGCUUGGCCAUUAUUCUAUUUGUCUCGUCAUCGCCUUUCUUUCUCGAAUCAUCUUACAAUAAAUGUAACGUUUUCACUAACAUUGUUAACCACUAUACGACAUUACUACGACUUAGUAUCUCACUUAACUGACUGAUUACAGUUAAUAGGCCAAAGAGACAGUUUUCUCAGACCUCUUGUCAACUCGCGUUCUUCAGUACUGCCAUUUACGUAUACUCAAACUUUUAUCUCACUUCACGAUGCACCAUGGUGCAUCAUGCAGUCACUACUACAACUCUUCUUGCAACAACUACGUGCCAACCCACUUGUCCAUUUACAAUAAUUCCGCGCCUAUUCUCUGAUGUUCUCUAAACGACAACUUGUUGUCUGGUCUUGCUGUCGCGCUAUUUCGUCAUCCACUAUUCAGGACAAUUUCUACCUUUCUACGAUAAUGCAGUAAUCUUCCAUUCGCUUCGUAGCUCUUCGUUAUGCCAGUUGCCCCGAGCCAAGCGUUUGUUAUUGGGCGGCGCCGCCAGAUGUAGAAGGUCUCUGUCUGACAACAAUGUUCGUGGGCCCAGCGAUUGCUUUGACGACCCCUUCCCCACCCAUGUUGGUGUUGGACGCAUUUCUUACAUGCUGUCUUUCCCUCUUUGCUACUCAGGGCUUGUCGAUCGCUUGUUGAAAAUCUCCGUUUAGGUUUUUCGUGCAUAGGAGCCGUUGCAGGAGGAGUGUUUGCCGCUUGUUUCUUUAAGCUGUUUGUUGUCUGAUUCUAAGGACAAGUGUUGGCCAUUUUGAUUAGAACGCCGGCGGCAUAAAACAAAUGGUAGCGCCAGUCCUGGAAUGUUUACAAGCCUGUUGGUACUGUUGUUGUAUUGUGAGUUCUCUCUUUUACUUGACCUAGGCUGUGUUGUUCCUUCAAAAAUAAGUACUGUAAGGUCCUGCACCUCCUCAGACCCCGGAGUUCUUUCCUGUUCCAAUCUCGUUUCGUGAAUAUAUGUUCACUCCUGCUCUCCGCCCCCAUUUUCUGCUAUGCACUGGCAUUUCAUCACCUAUGACCUGUUUGAUAUACUUAUAGUUUUCUGGUGUCGCGUCCAUACCUUCCUGCUCAUAUUUGUUUGCUUUAUGGAAUUGCUUUUCCUAGCCUUGUUUUAUCCAGAUCUCACGCUUUGUGCGUGCAAAUAGGACGAGGCUGCCUUAUGCUUAGGGUUCUCCAUAUUAAUGUUGUUCAUGCUGCCGUUGCUGUUCGGAGAAAAUUCAUGCUUCUAACCUUAUUGGUCAUUUUCAAUGGUCAUAAGUUAAUGGGAAGAACAGGGAAGUUUAUCGUUUUGCGGUUUUCGUCGGGUCGAAUUAUAUAGCCUUGACCCGGGAUGGUUAUGCUGGGGAUCUAUUUUUGCAGCCAGCCCCAGAUAAUUGCAUCAGCUAAUUUAGCGCAUUGUUCCAUAAGUAUAAAUAAGCGUGUGCAUAAAACGCGCAUGCAUGUGGACCUGAUACAGCGUCAAAUUGUAUGGAUGGCAAUAUUUGAUUAUGAAGACAUAUCGGGAUUAACUUAUUGCACCCUUGAUUUGUGUAACGUUUGGGUUAUAUACAAUAUUCCUAUUGGUUUGUAGGUAUUGAGCCUUUAUUCGUUAAUAUACAGAUCGUUGAUUCGUACGAUCUUAUGCUCGUACGUAGCAAACGGGCAUAGGACUAUUUAAUUUUGUGGUUGUUCUUUGUACCCCAUACACAUGUGACAUCAGCUGUCACUUACGAAGUAAUUAAAAAAAAAUUUGAUAAAUCAUCGCAUAAAAGCGUUUUGUAUCAGUCGUACUACUGUCUUUAGUUCAUGCAUGUAUCGGAAAUCUUGCUCUACAUAUAGUCCAUACAAUUUAAAGGGAUUAUUCUUCAUUUUUAAUUACAUGCUUGCCCUCCGAGAAGACAACUUAUCUUUUCCCAUCACAUAGAUGCAUUUAAGUUCGCUUUACGAAGUUUCCAGCAUCAAGCAGGCCGCCAGCGAUAGGCUGGUAACCAUAGAAACGAUAGCUUUUCCUCCUCGUUGUUUCGCAUAUGAGCGUGACCCACACUUCAUAUUCAUAUACGUUGAUGUGAUUAUAGAUCGGACGUUCCCCACUAGCUCAGUGCAUAUCAAACUAAGCGCCAUAGACAAGGUUUGAAUAAGCGGUUAUGAGACGACUGGUGUGCGGCUUUAGCUAACGUUCGGCAGGAAAUAGCGAAGCCCGGUCCGCCAAAGUUUGCCUCAUUGGCCCUCCGAUUGCAUCGUAUCAUAGCUUUGAGUGCGUCACAAUGGCGGCAUGCCCCUGUUACUUGGCUUGCCCCGCCUGCACUGAAACCUCCCUGCUUCUGCCAGUUCCUUCUCGCUUGUUGCCCUGUAAGAGCGCCACGUUACCCCAUCAAUUCGAUAAGUUUCUCAGGUUUAGCUGUAGUGUCGUAUAAGGCAACCUAACACAGCUAAUAAUAACGAGACAACAAGGAACGUCCCAGCAACCUAAAGCGUAGGCCCAAGUCGAAAGGCCGAGUCAGCCACGGAGACGGUAUCCCUGCUUUGCGGCCUUCGUUUCGAUGCUGAAAGCUUCAUUGGCAUAUUUGCUCCUAUUGAAGGCCUACCUCUACUGGUUAUUACCAAGGGACGAAAGAACGAAAAAGAUAUAACGCACAGGAAGGGAAUGAUGAUGACAAGAAGUGGACAAGGCGCCGAAGAAGAACAGGAGAAGGCACAAGGAAUAUCAAGCAGUCAUUGUCACUCUACUAAAGCUGCUUGCUGCCGGCUACGGGCUGAAGUCGGGCUUCCCAACGCUACCUGGCAGUGAUAAGAAGGUGAAGCAGCAAUACGUGCAGAAAGUAGCAGCAGAAGCGGCAACAACAACAAGAACGGACACGAUGACGACGACAACAACAAUAAAUAUAACGACAACAAGACAUCGCUAUCAAUAACAAAGGCGAUGGGCCGGACCGCGCAACGCUGUCGGCGGAAAUUGGACGAGCCGACGACUCCAUGAGCUGACAGACGAUAACGCUACGGACGCUGCGGCUCUAUAACACUAUAGCACGUACAGACUAGUAAAAGCGACGCAACUAUCGUGAGCAACGAUCGGUGUCAUCGACGACUAUGGGGCCGUUUCGUAAAUCGGUCGCUUUCGGGGAACGAUGCGAAGUAGCUGCACCCAGAUGCUGGUUGUGGCCGUGGUUGGGUGUUCCACAGGGCUAUAUAGGAUAUAAUGUGUACGGGAUGUAAAAACAAUUUCUUUCACCAAUAAACUGAUGGAAGCGUUACGUAUGCCAUGUGGCCGGGGGUGAUGAACCGCGAUGAAAGUGCUCAAAAUCUAGUUAUUAUUGGUAGUCGAAGAUGAAAACAGUCACACUUGGUGAGGCGGCGGUCGUUCGAGAAGACUUGAAGAACGUUGAUAUAUUUUUUAUAGUCCUUGGCGACCCUCGCACAAAUCAGAAUCCAGGUCUUCUAGCCUUCGGCAUUCUGUUCCACCGGUGGCAUAACGUCCUCGCCGAGCGCGCCCUAAAAGAGCACCCAGAUUGGGGUGACGAGGAAAUCUUUUUACAUGCCAGAAGAUGGGUUAUCGCAUCGCUUCAGAAUAUCAUUAUGUACGAGUACGUUCCAACGUUAUUGGACGAGUCAAUGUCGCCAUAUUCCGGCUACAAACCCGAUGUUCAUCCGGGCAUCAGUCACGAGUUCCAGAGUGCCGCUUUCCGUUUCAGCCACACCUCUAUACCACCUGGACUUUACAGAAGGACGGCUAACUGCACUUUCCCAAAAACGCGAACUGGACGGAGCGCUAUGCGGAUGUGUUCGACGUGGUGGCUUUCAGAAGAGGUGCUCUUGGAAAACGGUAUCGAUGAGCUCCUUAUGGGGAUGUCGUCACAGAUUGCUGAGAAAGAGGAUCACGUAAUGUGCUCCGAUGUAAGAGACAAGCUAUUCGGGCCGAUGGAGUUUAGCCGGCGCGACCUCGCAGCACUAGAUAUCAUGCGAGGUAGAGACAGCGGCCUCCCGGACUACAACACCGUGCGAAAAUAUUUCAAUCUCGAUCCAGUCACAGACUGGCAGACGAUAGGCGAGAAGCUUAAGUCAGCAAGUCAGGAGCUCGUCGAACGUCUCUACACGCUAUACAAAGGUAAUCUGAACAAUAUCGACUUGUUCGUCGGCGGCAUGCUGGAGUCCGAAGGUGGACGACCAGGCGAGCUCUUCCGCAAGAUUAUCAAGGAGCAAUUUGAACGUCUGCGGGACGCCGAUCGGUUCUGGUUUGAAAAUACAAACAAUGGCCUGUUCAGUAAGGAGGAGAUCGAGCAAAUUCGAAAAAUAUCUCUGUGGGAUGUUAUCGUCAACGCGUCUGAUAGUAUCCCCCCAGAAGCAAUGCAACGGAAUGUCUUCGUUCAUUCGGGAGAUGAUCCUUGCCCUCAGCCAGGUCAAAUCAACAGCACAGCCUUGGAGCCCUGUAUGAUUCUCGAAGGAUGGGAUUACUUUCGAGGCAACGAAGUUGUCUAUAUCUAUUGCUGUCUAAUUCUUGCCUUCAUCCCCAUCAUUUGCGGCAUGGUUGGCUAUGGCGUUAUAAAACUGCAGAAUAAAAGGCGUCGAGAUAUCAAGGCCAAGAAGGAUAUUGUGAAAAAUGGAAAAGCCCAGGACAAACUCUAUGUCAAGGAAUGGCUCCAUCAAAAUCACAAGCGAUUCGUCAAGGUAAAAAUCGGUCCAGACGAAAGCGUUUAUACUGUAAACCGUAAAGGCGAGACCCUUCGGAAGGUCUCAUUUUCAUCCGUACCACAGCUUAUUGUGCAGGUGACCUCGGAUACCACCCGCAAGCCCAUGUGCCUUAUUCGCUCCCCCAACGAUCACGAUUUGGUUUUGCAAUUCGACUCCGAUCACUCGCGCAAAAAGUUCUUGGGAAAACUUGAAAAGUUCCUUCAUGACCACAAAAAGACUAUGGAAUGCAUGAGUACAAGCAGAGAACUCAUGUUGGCCAACGCUGAAACAAAGGAAAAACGACAAAAAAGACUCGAACACUUCUUCCGGGAAGCCUACGCACUGACCUUCGGGCUAAAACCAGGAGAAAAACGAAAAUUGGAACAGGUUGGGAAUGACGUUAUUAUGGUGAUGCGAACAUCCCUAUCAAAGAAAGAAUUCGCCGAAGCUCUUGGAAUGAAACCAGAUUCGCUGUUUGUAAAACAAAUGUUCAACUGCGUUGACAAAGACAAAGACGGUCGUAUAUCUUUCCAAGAGUUCCUCGACACGGUCGUCCUAUUUACAAGGGGUAAAUCCGAAGACAAAUUUCGUAUCAUAUUUGAUAUGUGCGAUAAUGAUGGAAAUGGAGUUAUUGACAAGGAGGAGUUGACCAAAAUGCUGCGUUCACUUGUUGAUAUUGCUAAGGCAAAUUCGCUUACGGAGCACCAGACCAUGGAAAUAAUCCAGGGGAUGUUUGCUACUGCUGGAUUAGAGAAUAAAGACCGACUGGACUACGAUGACUUCAAGGCUAUUAUGAAGGAGUACCGUGGCGACUUCAUAGCGAUUGGGCUUGAUUGCAAGGGGGCGAACCAGAACUUCUUGGACACCUCGACAAACGUCGCGCGCAUGACGUCGUUUCAGAUCCCUCAGAAUCACGAACCUCGACCAUCUAAAGCAGUUCAGAAAUGGAAUGAAAUUACCACUUUUCUCGAAGAGAAUCGCCAACAUAUAUUCUACAUCUUCGUGUUCUAUGUGACCACUUUUGUCUUGUUCUUCGAGCGUUAUUUUUACUAUUCUUAUCAGGCCGAGCACAUGGAUCUUCGGCACGUGAUGGGUGCUGGCAUCGCGAUCACCAGAGGGUCGGCCGCUUCGCUUUCGUUUGCUUACUCAGUUCUUCUGCUGACGAUGUGCCGCAAUCUGAUUACGAAAAUCCGAGAAACUCCGAUUCAGCAGUACAUUCCGCUGGACUCUCAUGUGCAGUUCCACAAAAUAGUCGCCUGUACCGGGGCUGUAUUUUCAAUCAUCCACACAAUCGGGCACUAUAUCAACUUCUACCACGUGUCGACCCAGCCGGCUGAGCACCUGCGGUGCAUGACAAGGGAAAUGCAGUUCGACUCGGAUUUCAAAUCACAGUUUUCUUUCUGGGUGUUCCAGACGAUCACGGGCACGACUGGUCUUCUUCUCUAUGCUGUUCUCAGCGUCAUCUAUGUGUUCGCUCACACAAGCAUUCGUCUCAAGGCGUACAGCUACUUUUGGUCGACCCAUAAGCUCUAUUACCUAUUCUACAUUCUCUGUCUUCUUCAUGGUCAGGCCAAGUUGACUGGAAGUCCGCGGUUUUGGAUCUUCUUCAUAAUCCCCGGAAUUAUAUUUAUCCUGGACAAAGUCGUUUCAUUGCAGACCAAAUACAUGGAAUUAGAGGUACUUGAUACAGACUUACUUCCCAGUGAUGUCACCAAGGUAAAAUUUGCUCGACCGCCUAGCUUCAAAUACCUUUCGGGUCAAUGGGCUCGCAUCUCGUGUACUGGUUUCCGGUCAAACGAGUACCACUCUCUGACACUGACCUCGGCACCGCACGAUAACUUCCUUUCGGUCCACGUCAAAGCGCAAGGGCCGUGGACGUGGAAGCUAAGAAACUACUUCGAUCCAAACAACCUGCCUGAUCGGGCCGCUCCUAAGAUCCGUCUCGAGGGACCGUUCGGGGGUGGCAACCAAGACUGGUACAAAUUCGAAAUAGCCGUCAUGGUCGGAGGCGGCAUAGGCGUCACCCCAUAUGCAUCUAUUCUUAACGACCUCGUGUUCGGAACAUCAACGAAUCGUUAUUCCGGCGUGGCCUGCAAAAAGGUAUACUUCCUUUGGAUUUGUCCUUCGCAUAAACAUUUCGAAUGGUUCAUCGACGUUCUACGAGACGUAGAGCGGAAGGAUGUUACUAACGUCCUUGAAAUCCACAUAUUUAUCACACAGUUCUUCCACAAAUUUGAUCUACGUACAACAAUGUUGUACAUCUGCGAAAAUCACUUCCAGCGAAUUUCGAAUCACUCAAUGUUCACGGGCCUUAAAGCAAUUAACCACUUUGGGCGUCCAGAUAUGACGGCGUUCCUCCGCUUUGUUCAAAUGCAGCACGCCUAUGUAAGCAAAGUAGGCGUAUUUUCGUGCGGUCCCACGGCGUUGACCAAAACGAUCAACACAUCUGUCGAGACGGUCAAUACUGCCCGCAAGCUGCCCUAUUUUAUCCACCAUUACGAAAACUUCUAGACGCGGUAGCUAAACAUGACAGAAGAGGAGGACACGACAGCGCCACAAUUGAUCGUCUUUCCUACCAACUAUGUGUAGUUAGUAAUAAUAAGGGUUUCAAUUUGUUUGUUUAUUAUACGUUUGUGGGCUCAUAGGUCCAAACGUCUCCCCCUUCCGGACGACAAAAUGAUUUGAUGUGCGGCAAAGAGGCGUCGAAGCUGUCGUCGGGCAGGCGGUAGCAACAGUUACGAAGUGCCGUCGUCAAACGUUUUGUAUUCGAUCGCCCGUGUCAUCUGCUGUCGCAACUAGAGCCACAUCAAGAAUAACAAGUAAUAAUUAACCAAUGAAUAGACAACAAAAAUGGAAUAAUCUAAACUGAUAUUAUAACAAAAACAAAAGAAAUUAUUUAAUAUUGAGCAACAACGCGGUUUUUCUCUACGCGGUACUUAUUACUAGUGAUAGAGUUUGAUGCAAAAACGGAACCGAACCCGGAUUGCAGACAAUUUGACAAUAAAUAACAUCAGUAUCAUAAAAUGCGUAAUACAACCAAAAAUAACAACAAAUAAAAACAUGUUUCAUUUUUUUCCCAAUUCUUUCCAAACACAAAAUAUAUUUCGAAGAGCGAUUUUAAGUCACUGACAGAAAUUUUUCAUUCCGCUUAUAGUUCAGUUACUGUGGCAUAUCCAUUUUGGCCACUAAACCUUUAUCCGUAUCAUAUCAUUUCCGUAGACAUGAACUCGUAAAUGUCGUAGUGGUAGCUGCCCGGUACCGGCCGUUCGUCGCUCCAGGGCACGAACCGCUAAAACAGUUAGUAAACAAGACAAACGAAAAAGGUAAUGGACGUCAUCUUUGGAUUCUGUCUGCUCGAUUGUUCAGUUGCUUAUCAGAAAAUGGCGCGCAAUUUUGAACUGCCGAAGGACCUCGUGCUUUUGUAGCGUGUUGUGUUGAAAUUUUGCAGUCAGUCAUGCACCGACAACGAGAUGUGCGUCCAUUUGUGAUGUGUGUGGCCAUAUAAUAAGCGGUCGAAUGUCGAUGUGGAUUUUGAUGAUAAUGAUGCACAUUCAUACAUCAUUAGAUGGAAGUGUGAUGGGUCGUGAAAGAGAAUAAUGCUAAUACGAAGUCAGCAAGCGAUUUCUGUCGAUACAUACUUCAUAAAACUUGUAACACGAAACAAAUAGAAAAGCGCCAUUGUCUGUCACAGGUAUUUGUAUCAUAGAUUAAUAAUGGCAGUGAUUCAGUUACGAUGAGCAAAAAGUCGAGUGAAAAUGACUGCAUAUAAACAAUAACAGUUUCUGAGUCUAACUGGCUGCUCUGGUGACCUGGACGAAACUGACUGUGAGGUCAUCAGGCCUAUGUGAUCAACGGCUCAAGGUUUCUUCGUAUAUGUUCUGCUCAAUUACCUCACAUCUAAACGACAAUGGGGGCAACGUUUAACUAAAACCGAUAUUAAUACAAUAACGAGCAAUUAAUAGGUGUUCUGAGGAAGAUUUUCAAAGGGAGAAGCAAUGGUAGUAAUAGAUGAUGUUGAGUAAUGUUAUUUAUACUGCUGUGAGUAGAUAUGUCCCCCAAACGGUUGGACAACGGUUGCCAGCAAUAAAGAAUAAUUUAUAAUUUA